AUGACCGACGGAGCAAAAUGUAUCAUCUUGUGCCUUGAUGGUACCUGGGAUAACAGUGACAAUAGCUACCAGAAGCCGACACCCCGAAAUCCUAAUACCUCGCUACAGGUUCCCUCAAAUGUUACUCGCGUCUAUCGCGCCCUGGCAACACAAAGCCUAGAUGGCAAACGUCAGGUCAUGUACUAUCAUCCUGGUCUUGGUACUUCCGGUAAUAUUACUGACACCAUUGCCGGCGGUGCAUUUGGUGCGGGAAUAUCCGAAAAUAUUAAGGAAGCGUAUAAUUUUAUCGCGAUUAAUUAUGAGCCCGGAGAUAAAAUUAUAAUUGUGGGCUUCUCUCGUGGCGCUUUCACUGCGCGGAGCGUAGCAGGACUUAUUACUGAGAUCGGCCUACUCACUCGCAAAGGCAUGGAAGAUUUCUAUCCAAUAUUUAAAGACGCAGAGAACUCAACGAAUCCUCAUUACAAGGAUAAGUYCCCUACUGUMCCUUUCCCCGACAAGCCGAAACCACCGAAUCGUGAAGAGGAAUACAAGCGUCGUCUCGAAGAGUUCUACGACACUUCUCUGUCAAACGGAAUCGAGUACGCCUUCCAAGCUCUGGCACUUGACGAAACUCGCACUCCUUUUGCUCCGGCCGUUUGGGAACGGCCAAACAAUGUUCGGACCGAUUUACGACAGGUAUGGUUUCCCGGGUCUCACGCGAAUGUCGGUGGUGGAUAUCCUGAUCAAGAAGCUGCCGAUAUCAGCAUGGCCUGGAUGAUGGAUCAACUGGCUUCCAUUGGUAUAGGCUUCGAACAUGCAACUAUCGAGAAAGUCUUUCGAGAAAAUGUCUCCUACUACUACAAUUCUCGCUCGAAGGCGAGAUCAAGCGCAAGUGGUUCCAAACGCAAGACUUGGGCUCAAUGGGCGAUCUCUUCUGUCUAUAACGAGCAUAAGCCAGUCCGCCCAUGGGGCUUGGGUCAAAUAUACGAUGCCGAGGUGGGCUUCUAUCACCUCGCUGGUAAAACGGUUCGCAAGCCUGGGAUGUAUCAUCGCAUAAAUCCUGAUACAAGUUCUCCGACUCCUGAGUUUCUGGUCAAUACGAACGAGCGCAUUCACCGCUCUGUUCGUAUCCGACUAGGUCUCGAUGGCCUGGGACUCGACGAUAUUGGAUUGUACAAAUGCCCUGCUCUCUUCGAGAAAGGGCCUUGGCGUCUCCGACGGAUGCGUACCAGGACCUGGGAGCUCGAUCCUCGGUAUCCACCUUGGAGUCUUUCGGGUGAUCCAGGUGAGAUACUGGAUGAGGGUCGAGACUUUUGCUGGGUGUGGGUAUAUGCCGGACCCAGGACUAAUGCGCCGCCGGAAACAAUCAUGAUAGAAGAAACGCUGGGGCCAUAUGAACGCAAAUUGCUCCGUCUUAAUAAAGUGUAUCCUUCACCUAUCCUACACCUUUGGUUCCCCUAG